AUGAUCAAGAAAUUAUCUUUAAGCUUUAUCUCCUCUGACCUUGAAUACUCCUUUAAAAAAUGGGUUAUUGAACAGAAUUAAUUCAUCUAUGAGACCACUCUUGUCACAAUAACAAUUUAUCUUUUAAUCAAUCUAAUCAAUUACAAUAACGAUGUCAUUUAUAUCAUAACAACUUCAAUUUGUCUAUGUAUUGAAUUAACAAUACUUUUUUUCUAUCAGAAAUAUCCUUUGCAAAGGGAAUAAAUUCAAAGUUUGAAUCUUAUCAUAUAUGCCAUUACAAUUGAUAUUUAUAUGAUUUAAAAUCAAACUCAAGAUACUUCCACAGAAAUGGGGAUAUUGAAAUACAGUAUACAAUCUAAUAUUAUAGAGAAGUUUUGUAUCUAUAAGGGAAUCGAUUUAGAUGCCAAACUUUGAUUUUUUUUCUUAGUUAUGGAGUUGAGGUGUCAAUAUCUUAAUGGGAUGUAGCUCCAUAAAUAGUUCAUGGUUUAUUUAGAUUAUUCAUUGUUUUCUUUCGUUAUUAGGUUGAAAUGAAAAGAAGAUAACAUUAUUUGGCAUAUAGAUCUUAAUUAUAAUAUGAAAAUUUAAUUGAAGAACAAUUACCAACAUGGGUAGUAUUGAUUAAAUAUGAUAAGUAAUAGGGUUAAUUGAAGAUUGACAAGAUUAAUAGAAUAAUGAGAGAGACCUUUAAUUUUGUGUCUGAUCAAAAAUUUAGAGAGUUUUUAAGAGAUUCAAAUAUCAUACCUUUAGAAGGACACACUAAGAAACAAUUUAAUUUUGAAGAAUCAUUAAUGGAAGAAUUACUAGUUAAAUAACAAUCAAAUCAAAUUAAAAAAUUUGAAGGUUAUUUUAUAAACAAUUAAAAAAAAUGGUAAUUCUAAAUAACAAAAAUAUACUUCAAUUAAAUAGAACCAACCAUUUUACUUUUAUUUAUAGAAUAAAGUGGAAAUUAGUAUGACUAUUAUAAUCAUUAAAUUAAGUGGAGAGAUUAAUAAUUAGUGAAUCAUAGUAAACAAUGUCUUAAUUAUAUUAAGGAUUAAAUAAGUAUUCUCAAAUAUAUUAAAUUAUAAUCAAAUGCUGAUUAAAUGUUUCACUUAACAAAUUAAAUUUGCAAUAGUUAUAUACUAUUUAAUUAAAAUUUAAAUAUACAUAAUAUCACUUAGAUUACAUACAAUAAAUUAAAAUAUAAAAUAAAUGAAUUUAAAUUAAUUGAUUUAGUUAAUUAAUUGAAAGAAGAUCUAAAAUUUACUAAUAAUUAAUUAAAAUUAAACAUAAUCUUGAAAACAGAUAGAUCUAAAAUUAUAUCAAUUAUUUUGAGUAUUUGUGAAUUUAUCAAGAUUAUGGUGGCUAUUAUAACUAAUGAUGAAAAAUAAUUAUAUGAAUGUCAUCCAUCAGGAUAUCCUAUUUAAAUCAAAUUCAAAAGAGUCAUAAGUAAACCUGGAUGCUUGAAAAUUACUAUGAAACAUUAAAUCUUCAAAAUUUCUCCAUAGAUAUAAGAUGCAUUAUCAAAGGCCUCUUCUUAUACUGAUCAUAAGAAAAGAAAUUGGGGUGUCAAUCACUAUUAUGAGAACAUUUAAAAUUUAAGUGAUUAGAUCCACGAUUUAAACUUAAAAGCUCAAAAAGUUACAAAAAGUCAAAUCUCUAUAUAAGAUCCUGAUUCGGCAUUAUAAUAAUAAAAUAAAGGAAUAUUUUUAAAAGGAAGUACAGAGCCAUUUAGUACUUUAGGUUUGCCGUUAGCUUAAUAUUUGAUUAGUCAACUAGGACCAAAUAAUCAAAUCAAUUUUAAAGAUACUUCAUUAUAAAAUAUGGGAGACUCUUUGUCUUUUCGAAAUUCAACUCCAUAAACAAAAAUAAGUUUUUUGAUAUAUGAAGAUUUGAAUGAUUUUAUAUAUCAAUUGAAUUAACAAGAUCCAAAUCCUUAUUUAGAUUGCUUUUAUUCAAAUGAAGUUUAACAAUCAACAUUUAAAACAUUUCAUAGUCUAUCUCCUUCAAAUAAGCUAAAAAGAGGAAGUUUGUAAUCAUUAAUAAAUACUCAAUUGAAUUGA